CGCUUCUUCAACUACUGCGGCCUGGACCCCGAGGAGCUGGAGAGCCUGGGCAUGGAGAGCUUCGCCAGGGCCAGCUCCGACAUCGUGUCGCUCAACUUCCGCAGCGCCAGCAUGAUCAGCUCGGACUGCGAGCAGUCUCGGGACAGCAGCAGCGACCUGCGCAACGACGACAGCGCCAACGACCGGGUGCCCUACGGCAUCUCCGCCAUCGAGAGGAACGCCAGGAUCAUCAAGUGGCUGUACAGCAUCAAGCAGGCCAGGGAGUCGCAGAAGGUGUCGCACGUGUGAGCGGCGUCGUGAGCUCCGCGCCCCGCGGCCCCGUGCUGUGCCCACUUGCAGCUGCACGCCCUCCGCCGGCGCCCGGCCUGGCUCCCCGUCGCCGCCGCCUGUCCCGGGCCGGAGGCGAACGGGGGCUCUGCCCCUCAGCGCGACUGUUUACACGGAAGAUGGUAUACGGUCUCUUCAAUAUUUAUGUGGUUCUGGUGUUUUUAUAUCCCACGCUAUUGUGUCUUAAUUAAAAGUUUUGUCAGCUGGCCUUCAAGUUGAGAGCAGAACCUUGAAAAGAAACCACUUUGCCCACUUGUGGGAGCGUGAGGGCGGGGCGGGGGAGCUGGCUCCAGGUAGUGACUGCCCGAGGGCGGGAGCAGGGUGGGCCAGCCUGGUAGCACUUGUUCUUUCCGUGCUGCAGUUUCUCCUGACAGUAAUGGAGCGAUCGCGGGCGCAACAGCGCUGCGUUUUGUGUCCAGUUCGCUGCUGGUGAUUUUGUGUAAUGCGGAGUCCAGGGAAAGACAAUCAGAUACAACAGAGGAUGAUUAAACCUAGCAGUCGGGGUAGUUGCGGGUUGUGCUGUUGUUCAGAUUAGGGUAAGUCAGAAAUUCUGCUAGUAUUAAUCUUUGGGCAGAAGUGGACCCCAAAAGCUGAAACUGAGCAUCUUUUUAUUUUUCUUCCAGAGGUGUUUCUUGGGUGUUUUUAUUUUUGUCCCUCUCGUUUUACUGUCUCGGCUUCGGUCAAGGACUACUAAUUUGUGCUGUUUCUCUUCCUUUGCUGUGCUGUUAUUGGGGAGGCGGUGGGGCUGGCGCAGGUUCAGCUGCGUGAAGACAUGAACGGAAGCAGAAAUACGAGCCGUAUCGGCCUGGAGCCACCUGCUCCAGGGGAGCGCACGUGCGAGCUGACCCUCUGAGCAGCGUGAUCCUGUUGGCCUGCGUAUGUUACUCUCUCGAGCUGUGACUCGUACACCGCUAGGAAAGUGCAGGAACACCGUCCUCUGGAGCUCUUGCACCCUGUGGUCCCCGGCACUGCCCGGCACCUGUCUUCUUUUUUCCCCAGUAACGCGCCCUCGGCGGGCCCACGGCGCCGCGCGGUGGCAGAGGUGGCCCAACGCGGUGGCCUGAGUCCUUGCCUUUGUGAAGUUCCCUGUAGCACCGCCUUGGACUUCGUCACCUACUGGGAAACUUUCUAUGGUGUAAAUGCUGUAAGACUUUGUAUAUACUUCAGUUGUUAUUAAAUCUUUAAGAGAAGAGAAUAAUUAUGCUAAUAAACAGCUCUGAAGCAGG